AUGCAGCCUCUUUCUCCCGCACGCACUUGGCGGGCACUCCCCUUCCCGCUCGCGAGCACUCCCAUUCGUCAAGCUAGCGAUCACUUUCCCCGUCGUGUGCACUCCCCAUCCCCGUCGUGCGCACUCCCCACCCCCGUCGUGCGCACUCCCCACCCCCGUCGUGCGCACUCCCCACCCCCGUCGUGCGCACUCCCCACCCCCCUCCACUCCCCUUCCCCCUCCCUAGCACUCCCAUUCCCCCUGGCUAGCAAGCACUCCCCUUCCCCAACUCACUCGCCUUCCCCCUCCCUAGCACUCCCGUUCCCCCACCGCAAGCCCUCCCUUUCCCCCACGCUAGCACUCCCCUCCCUCCUCGCAAGAAAGCACUCCCCUUCCCCCACGCUAGCCCUCCCCUUCCCCCUCCCUAGCACUCCCAUUCCCCUCCCCAAGCCCACCCCUUCCCCAACGCCUGCCCUACCCUCCCCCCUCGCUAGCAAGCACUCCCCUUCCCCAACUCACUCGCCUUCCCCCUCCUUAGCACUCGCCUUCCCCCUCCCUAGCACUGCCCUUCCCCUCCCUAGCACUCCCCUUCCCCACCGCAAGCCCGGCCCUUCUCCCACGCUAGCACUCCCAUUCCCCCUCGCUAGCAAGCACUCCCCUUCCCCAACUCACUCUCCUUCCCCCUCCCUAGCACUCCCGUUCCCCCACCGCAAGCCCUCCCUUUCCCCCACGCUAGCACUCCCCUCCCUCCUCGCAAGAAAGCACUCCCCUUCCCCCACGCUAGCCCUCCCCUUCCCCCUCCCUAGCACUCCCAUUCCCCUCCCCAAGCCCACCCCUUCCCCAACGCCUGCCCUACCCUCCCCCCUCGCUAGCAAGCACUCCCCUUCCCCAACUCCCUCCCCUUCCCCCUCCCUAGCACUCCCCUUCCUCCUCGCUAGCAAUCACUCCCCUUCCCCCUCCCUAGCACUCGCCUUCCCCCUCCCUAGCACUCCCCUUCCCCUCCCUAGCACUCCCCUUCCCCUCCCUAGCACUCCCCUUCCCCACCGCAAGCCCGGCCCUUCUCCCACGCUAGCACUCCCAUUCCCCCUCGCUAGCAAGCACUCCCCUUCCCCAACUCGGGCGCCUUCCCCCUCCCUAGCACUGCCCUUCCCCCUCCUUACCACUCGCCCACCCCUCCCUAGCACUCCCCCCUCCCCUUCCCCCUCCCUAGCACUCCCCUUCCCAGACGCUACCCCUCCCCUUGUGCCACCGUCCAAAUCCCCCUCUCAUGCUUUCCUCCCUUGCACCGCCGUCCCAUUCCCCCUUUCUUCUCCCCGCCUCCCAUGCAGGACAGUCACAUUGCCCUUCUUCUUUCAUCCCUUGCGCCACUGUCCCAAUCCCCCUCUCACCCUUCCUCUCCUUGAAGGGCAGUCCCUUGUCCUUUUCCCCCUUUCUCUCACCCUUCCACCCUUGCAGUGCAGGGCAGCCCCAUUUCCCUUCUCCACCUCCAAUCCCUUAGGACAUCGUCCCAAUCCCUCCCUCAUCCUGGCCCCCCUUGCACCAGUGUCGUAUUCCCCCUUUCUCGCACCCUUCUACUCUUGCAGGGCAGUCCCAUUUCCCUUCUCCACCUCCAAUCCCUUAGGACAUCGACAGUCACAUUUUCCUUCUACUUCCAUCCCUUGUACCACAGUCUCAAUCCCUCUCUCACCCUUCCUCCCUUGCAGGGCAGUCCCAUUUCCCCCUUCUCCUCCUCCAAUCCCUUAUAACAUCUCCCUUUCCCUUUCCCUGGCGGACGUGCCGACGGGGGCGGACCAAGCUCAACCUGCAACUUUGGGAGGCUCGUGCGAUGAAAACAUCAACCCGACAGAGCAGCAGUUACCCCCCGGGCAGGAAAGUGUAACCGAUGCUGUUGCAAGGGAGAUCGAGAGCACUGUGGUGGGGAGCGGCUCGAGGCCUUGUCGGUGGCAGGAGCGGGGUGUUGGUAAACGUAGUCAUGCUGAUAUGUUGAAGAUGGCUACGGACGACAUGGGGAUGGAUGAGGUCGUGACGGAGGUGAAUGUAGGACAACGGUGGAGUGUUCACUUCCAUCACUGCAUGGUGCGGGCCGCGACUUUGGCCCGGGAUGGACGCCCCAUGUCAGCGAAAGACGUGGCAGACGAGUUGGCGCUUUGUGCUGACCAUUGGGCGGGUUUACAUGCAGGGUGUGACAGGGGUGAUGUUCCCCCGCGCUGUGUGCGGGACAAAUGGGGAGAGGAGAGCGCCAUCUACCCACCUGGCUCGCAGACCCAUAUUGACUUGAAGAAGUGGUUGGAGAAGCACUGCAGCGAGGAGGCGAUGAGACCAUACGUCCCAAUGUCGAACACCCCACCCACUACCCAAGUGACUCAUGUGGCCACUGACGCUGUUGGCACGCCGACUCAUCCCACAGUUUUCAGCCCGGGUCUGGUGUCAUCCUGCAACAGCACCUCAUGGUCAAAGCGCCGUCUACGGUCGCACCGCGGACCACGCCCUUCUCGUGCACGACGCUGUCUCCUCUAUAAGUACGAGACCAAAUAA